AUGAUCGGAGUUUUCACCUUAAUUGGUUUCCUUGUCGGAAAUAGGUUGAAAUCCAAAUUUGCUCAUUACAACAAAAUAGGUACCCGCAGUGGUAUGAAUGGUAAAGAGAUUGCUGAAAAAAUGCUUGCACACUAUGGCAUCAGAGAUGUACAAGUGGUGAUGGGACAAGGUUUCUUAUCUGACCAUUACAACCCUGCAAAUAAAACUGUCGCAUUGUCUCCAGACGUUUACAAUGGUAGAACAAUAUCCGCUGCAGCAGUUUCUGCACAUGAAUGCGGACACGCAGUUCAACAUGCGGAAGCUUAUAGUAUGCUCACUUUGAGAUCAAAAUUAGUACCAGCAGUCCAAUUCAGUAGUAGUGUUCAACAAUUCCUAUUUAUGGGCGUAAUGUUUGGUAUGGGCGCAGGUAUUGGCGGCAAUACAUUAAUGUUAAUUCUGACAGCUACAUUUGGAUUGACUGCUUUGUUCAGUCUUGUGACCUUACCUGUAGAGUUUGAUGCAUCCAAUAGAGCAUUGGCAUGGUUAGACGAUUCAGGGUUCAUGCAAGGAGCAGAACAUGAUGGUGCCAAAGAUGCACUGUGGUGGGCAGCAAUGACUUAUGUGACAGCAGCUUUAGGUUCAUUGACAAUCAUGAUCGAAGAAAUAGAAUUGCAAUUUAUGCAAACGGCUGAGUCCUUUGAUAAAGCAAUCGAACAUUUAGUGUUUGAAUUGAACAAAAUACGUGCUGGUAAAGCUUCUCCCGCUAUGCUCAAUGGACUUAUGGUAGAAUAUUAUGGUUCGCCUACACCUUUGUCACAAGUCGCCAAUAUAAGUACACCAGAUGCUCGAACAAUCAGUAUCCAACCAUGGGAAAAAAAGACCCUGGCGCUGAUAGAAAAAGCAAUUUUUGAAGCAAAUCUUGGCAUCACACCUAUGAAUGAUGGUGAAGUG